AUGCCAGCCUACUCGAGUUUCGCGUAUGUUAUAGUGCUGAUUAAAGCAGCCAUCCUCCACUGUUUGCGGCUCUCCCCAACUGCUACGCUUCUUGACCUAAGGACUGCGGUGUUUCUGGCUGUUGUGCGAUCAUCGACAAGUAACUUGAAGCCUGGGAGACUCAUUGAUUGCCAACAAGACUCUUUACGAGAUGUGGAUGUAAAGGAGCGGAUAUAUCUUGUAUCGACAAAGUUAACUCUGACAUUUGAGACAAAUAUCAUUGCUAUUGCAUUCAAGGCAAUUAGAAAUCUCAGCAAUGGUCAAGAAAGUAUUCCGGACAUAAGACUACCUUCGGUGUCUAUGGAAUGGAUAUGUCAUCGUACUAGUCCUGACGGAACAGCCUCAGACACAGACACUCCCGAAAGGCUGUAUGCGACAAUGAUGCAUGAGGUGAAAAAUAAAACUACGAUCCUGUAUUUUCACGGCGGGCAGUUUUGGAGAAUGGGGCGAGAACCAAGACGAAUUACUUAUGAGCUCGCCCGGGAUACUGGCGGGCGAUGCCUCGCCGUACGAUAUCGACUUUCGCCGCAGUAUCCCUUCCCAACCGCAUUGAUUGAGGGUCUGGCAGCAUAUCUAUAUCUUCUGUAUCCCCCCGCUGGCAGCCUGCACGCUCCAGUUGCAGCCAGUGACAUAUGCUUCGCCGGUGACAGCGCUGGGGGGAACCUUGCCAUUGCCCUGGUUCAACUUAUCUUGGAGAUCACCAGAGGGGGGUCCAAAAAUGCGUUGGGUAGACUGACUUGGGAUGGCCAAGAAAGAGACUUGCCAGUUCCUGCUGGGGUUUCCAUAUUAUCCCCAUAUAAUGACCUAACUCGCGCGCUGGACAGCGAGUCUAACUUACAAUACGACAUUAUACCCGCGCGAGGCCCGCCUUUUACGACUUUCGAUCCUUGUGCAAUUUGGCCUGCUAAUCCACCUCGACAUCAUGUAUAUGCAAAUGACAAUGCUCUCUUGAAUCCUCUGGUGUCCCCUGUCACCGCACAUGAUUGGAGCGGUGCACCUCCCACAUGGAUAUGCGUGGGAGAAGAAUGCCUGGCAGAUCAAGGAAUGUUUGUGGCGCAACGAAUGGCAUCUCAAGGCGUCUCCGUUGUUUUAGAGCAGUACUCUGCCAUGCCACACAACUUUUCACUUCUUAUCCCAGAAGUAGAAGCUUCGAAGUACUCCAAGAAACGUUGGGCAUCUUUUAUCUGUUCCACCAUUGACAAUCCAGAGUCUAUUACGACCGAAGCAAUGCAAUGGAGUGGUAGCCCUCUCUUCAGAACUAAACUAAACAUCAGCAAGCUGGUUCCCUUGUCGUUGGCGUCUCUAAAAGAGAAAAUGGAAACUCAGAUAAAGGAAUGGGGAUCGCCACCAGUAUAA